AUGGCACGUAAGUUUCACUAUAAAAACAUGCAUAAUGAGUAUGAGAGUUCAAGCCAGCCAAUCGAAAAGUGUUUUCCCAUGGAGAUCAAUUCUGCAUUUCAUGGAGUUGCCAACAUUUCAUUAGUCUAUUGCUCUAUUCUUCUUCUCAUGGCAACUAUUAUUAUUAGACAUCUUUCGAAAGCCAAACAAUCACGAUAUUCACUCCCCCCUGGUCCAAAACCUUGGCCUAUCGUUGGAAGCCUCCCUGAAAUGCUUAAAAGCAAACCAGUAUUUCGAUGGAUACAAAAGCUUAUGAAUGAAAUGAACACAGAAAUUGCCUGUAUUCGACUAGGCAAUGUUCAUGUUAUAACUGUUACUUGCCCCGAAAUAAGUCGUGAAUUCUUCAAACAACAUGAUGCCAAUUUCGCAGUAAGACCUGUUAGCGCAACAACACAUCUUGCAACAAAAGGAUACCUGACGACAGCUCUCACACCCUCUGGAGAACAAUGGAAGAAAAUGAAGAGAGUCCUUUCAAUGGAGGUACUUUCUCCAGCUAAACAUCGUUGGCUUCAUGCUUUUAGAGUUGGAGAAGCUGAUCAUCUUGUUCGUUAUAUUUAUAAUCAAUGUAAAAGCUCUGAUAAAGGUGGUUUAGUGAAUUUGAGAAUUGCUUCUCAACAAUAUUGUGGGAAUGUGAUUAGAAAGAUGGUUUUUAAUAAAAGGUUUUUUGGAAAGGGAAUGCAAGAUGGAGGGCCCGGUUUUGAGGAAUUAGAGCAUGUAGAGGCAUUCUUCACACUUCUUAAACACUUUUAUUCAUUUUGUGUUUCUGAUUAUAUUCCAUGGUUGAGGGGGUUUGAUGUUGAUGGUCAAGAAGAGAAAGUAAAGGAGGCUUUACGAGUUAUAGAAAAAUAUCAUGAUCCUAUAAUUGAAGAUAGGGUUAAAAUAUGGAUGAAUGCUUCAAGAAAUGAACCUGAGGACUUGCUUGAUGUUCUACUUUCUUUAAAAGAUGCCGAUGGUAACACUUUGCUGUCACCAGAUGAAAUCAAGGCUCAAAUUAUUGAAAUAAUGUUUGCAACGGUAGAUAAUCCAUCCAAUGCUGUUGAAUGGGCAAUUGCCGAAAUGAUAAACCAACCAGAGAUGCUCAAAAAAGCCAUAGAAGAAUUGGAUAGUGUAGUUGGAAAGGAGAGGUUGGUCCAGGAAUCAGAUUUCUCUAAACUUAACUACAUUAAAGCAUGUGCUAGAGAAGUGUUUAGGCUGCAUCCAUUUACAGCUUUCAAUGUGCCGCAUGUGUCCAUCUCUGAUACAGUAGUUGCCAAUUAUUUUAUACCAAAAGGUAGCCAUGUUAUGCUAAGCAGGCAUGGACUUGGGCGCAACCCUAAAGUUUGGGACGAACCUAUGAAGUUCAAGCCGGAGCGUCAUCUUAAGAACAAUGGCUCAGAAACGGUACUGACAGAGCCAGAGUUGCGGUUCAUAUCUUUCAGCACAGGAAGGCGAGGCUGCAUUGGUGUUACACUAGGGACUUCAAUUACUGUGAUGCCACUUGCUAGACUUCUUCAUGCUUUUACUUGGACUGCACCACCGGGGGUGUCAACUAUCGAUCUCUCUGAAUCGGUAGACAGUUUGCCUCUUGCUAAACCAUUGGUUGCACUUGCCAAGCCACGAUUACCGACAAAUCUCUAUAUUGCUUAAUCAAAUAAUAUUACUAUCCAACUCCAAUUAAUAAGGCAAUUAUGUCAUGAUGAAUAAUCAUACUAUAUGUUUCUCAACCCUUAUAUUAUUUAAUGCAAGUCAAUAUUAUGGUACUAAAGAAUAAAGACAAUUUCAUCGAAA